AUGGGAGAUGCUGAGAAAGGAAAGUGCUGCUACGGGGCCUCUGACAUCAACCAGCACUGUUUGAGUGCUUCUGGACGUGAAGACCCACACUUUCAGCUCAAGGGAUUCCCGGAUGGCAAAGUCCUGGAGUGGGACUUCCACGGUAGACAUGAUCUGUGCUACUGCAUGCUCUCCGAUACAAAACUUGCGCUAACGGUCCACAUGUUUUCCCUGGCACCGGACGCCCGCAUCCUGGAGCGUCCGGAAGACGACGGGCUCAACUUCUUCGAGGGCACGUGGAUGGACAGACUAGGGAUUAUGUACAUCGACGAAAGGGGAGAGGAAAAGAGCAUUGCUGUCGUUCUCAACUCCGAUCUGGACCGCGCUGGAAAGCCGCCCUUUGACGUCACCUUCCAGGGGGAUGACAUCACUGCUGCUGUCAGCGCCCUCGGAUCUGAUUGGACAAGCCCCGACGGCACGUCCCGGAUCCGCUGUUCCGCCGACCGCGUCAACGCCCUUUCCGUUUCCGUUGCCGGACUCCUGGAGAUGGAGAUCGUGAGCGACGUGGAGAAGGAACUGAUCGCGAAUCCGCCCGUCCACUUCCUCAACUUUGAAAUCAAGGCCAUCGCCAACACGGCAAAUGUGCACGGGUUCCUGGGCCAAAUGUACGCCCCUGGAGCGCUCGAGGAGCGGCUGGCGAUGGGCACCCUGGAGGGGCUCCGCCACCGCGAGUACGUUGAGGGCACCGAUGACGACUACCUCACCUCGGGCCUGACGUCAGCGGACUGCGGCUUCAGCCGCUUCGGCCAGGUGCCGGAAAACCUGGUGGUCGAUACAGUUGGAUCCCCCCGCCGUCUCUUCUCGAUGGGCGACCACGACAUUCCCGCCACAAAGUCGACGCUUUGCCGCCUCGUUGGAAAGGGUAGAAACUCGUUCGUGUGUAUGUAG